GCGAGAGAGAGAGAGAGAGAGAGACAGGGAGCGAGCGGGCGGGCGAGCGAGUCAGCCUGAAGGCAUCCCAUUACAGAGCCCCUGCCAAGCCUGAGCGCACAAUCAGGAGGGGGCUAUAUAAAGUGGCUAGGUGGACUCAGCCGUCCUCACAAAAGGGAUUCCGCUGUCACUCACCCCCUUGCAGUCAUGCAGUCCUGACCCCCGAAGCGGCUCAUUACAGAACGCCUUUCCUCCGUGCCAUUCCACUUGCCGUGUUCGGAAGCCCACUGCUUGGAGUCGGGAUCGGAGCUGGGACCAGCACUGCUACCUCUGAGGCGAGUUCAGGAACCCUCCACCCUGCCCCCGAGUGUGCCCGAGUGCCGAAGCCGCCGCUGGUCGCUCCCAGGAGAGCCUCCACCACUCACAGAAGUAUGGCUCCGCCAAGGUGUCUCCUGACAUGCCUGCUUACCGUCGCCGUGCUCGACUGGGCCCACGCCGGACUGAUCAAGAAAGUCCUGCGGCACAGAAGAGAGUCCCUCACAGCGGAGAACGUCACCCUGCCCGACGCGGACCAACCGGUGGUCUUCAACCACGUGUACAACAUCAACGUUCCUCAGGGCUCCCUGUGCUCCGUCGACCUCGACUCCCCCGGCAGCACCGAUCUCAACCCGAAAGCCGCCUCGCCGGUUCAGUCCACGGAGCACACGCUGGACUCGGAGAACCAGAUCGUCUUCACCCACCGCAUCAACAUUCCCCGACAGGCCUGCGGCUGCGAGGGUCUCCCCAGCAUCAAGGAUCUGCUGAGCCGGCUGGAACUUCUCGAAGGCCAGGUGUCCGCCUUGAAGGAGCAGUGUGCUGGCAGCACGGGCUGCUGCGGAACGCCGGCCAUAGGUGCGCUGGAGACCAAGCCCUACUGCAAUGGCCACGGGAACUACAGCACCGAGAGCUGCAGCUGCGUCUGUGAUCCGGGCUGGACGGGGCCCAACUGCACGGAGGCCGAGUGCCCCAACGACUGCCAGGACCAGGGCCGCUGCGUGGACGGCCGCUGCGUCUGCUUCGAAGGCUUCACCGGGGAGGACUGCGGGACGGAGGCCUGCCCGGUGGACUGCGGCGAGAACGGCCAGUGCGUCGAGGGGGUCUGCGUCUGCGCCGAAGGCUUCUCCGGGGAGGACUGCUCCCAGACCAACUGCCCCAACAACUGCCUGGGACGCGGGCGCUGCGUCGAGGACGAGUGCAUCUGUGACGAGGGCUUCACCGGAGACGACUGCUCCGAGCUCAUCUGCCCCAACGACUGCUACGACCGCGGCCGCUGCGUCAACGGCACGUGCUUCUGCGACGAGGGCUUCACCGGAGAGGACUGCGGCGAGAAGACCUGCCCGGGCAACUGCAACAAUCGCGGCUUUUGCGUCGACGGGCAGUGCGUGUGCAGCGCCGGCUACACCGGCGAAGACUGCGGGGAGCUCACCUGCCCCAACAACUGCAACAACAGGGGGCGCUGCGUCGACGGCCAGUGCGUCUGCGAUCAGGGCUUCACCGGCGAGGACUGCGGCGAGCUCUCCUGCCCCAACAACUGCCAAAACAGGGGGCGCUGCGUCGACGGCCAGUGCGUCUGCGACGAGGGCUUCACCGGCCCAGACUGCAGCCAGCUGACCUGCCCCAACGACUGCUUGGGACGCGGCCGAUGUGUGGACGGCCAAUGCGUCUGCCAUGCUGGCUUCACCGGCGAGGACUGCGGCGAGAAGACCUGCCCCAACGACUGCUUCGGGCGGGGGCGCUGCGUCGACGGCCAGUGCGUCUGCGACGAAGGCUUCACGGGAGAGGACUGCGGCGAGCUGACCUGUACCGACAACUGCAACGACAGGGGGCGCUGCGUCAACGGCCAGUGUGUGUGUGACGAAGGCUACAUUGGCCUGAGCUGUGCUGAAGUGUCCCCUCCUAAAGACCUCUUGGUCACAGAAGUGACUCCCGAAACAGUCAACCUGACAUGGCACAAUGAGAUGACAGUCACCGAGUACCUGAUUACCUACGUGCCCACUGCCGUUGGGGGUCUGGAGCUGGACUUCCGAGUGCCCGGGGACAAACGGGCUGCCACCAUACAAGAGCUGGAGCCUGGCGUUGAGUACCUGGUGAAGGUCUACGCCGUUCUGAACAAUCAGAAGAGCAUCCCGGUCAGCGCCCGCGUGUCCACACAUAUCCCGGAGCCCGAAGGUCUGAGGUUCAAAUCGGUACGCGAGACCUCAGUUGAGGUGCAGUGGGACCCCCUGGAGAUCAACUUUGACGGAUGGGACCUCAUUUUCAGAAACACAAAAGAAGAGAACGGCGAGGUGACCAAAAGCCUGACUCGUCCAGAGACCUCCUACAUCCAGCCUGGUCUGGGGCCUGGCCAGGAGUACGAGGUGACGCUCCAUGUGGUCAAGAACAGCAGCCGAGGACCGGGCGCCACCAAGAACGUCAUCACAAGAAUUGACGCGCCGAGCAAAGUCGACGUGAGAGAUGUGACGGACUCCACGGCCAUCGUCACCUGGUUCAAGCCCAUCGCUCACGUGGACGGCGUCAGCCUGUCAUACGGACCGAGUGACGAGCCCGCGGAGCGCAAGAGCAUCGAGUUGUCACCAAAUGACCGCCAGUACAGCUUUGGCAACCUGCGGCCGGACACAGAAUAUGAAGUGACGCUGGUGUCCAGGCGAGGCAGCAUGACGAGUGACCCGGUCUCCAGGACUUUCACCACAGAACUGGAUGCCCCCAAGAACCUGGAGCGAGUUUCCCAGACAGAAAACACCGUCACUCUGGAGUGGCAGAACAGCAAGGCCAACGUGGACAGCUACCGGAUCAAGUACUCGCCGCUGGCAGGAGGGGAUCACGCCGAGAUCAGUGUGCCCAAGAGCAGGCAAGCCACCACCAAGGCAACCAUCACAGGUCUAAGGCCUGGCACUGAGUACGGCCUCGGAGUCACUGCAGUGAAGAGCGAUCGAGAGAGCAUGCCAGCCACCAUCAACGCGGCCACUGAACUGGACUCGCCAAGAGAUCUGGAAGUGAGUGGGAAAUCUGAAAACAGCCUGUCUCUGCGCUGGAAGAGGCCUCUGUCCAAGAUCAACAUCUACCGGCUGGCGUACGUGUCGGCGGACGGUAAGAGGCAGGAGGUGGAGGUACCGGCAGAUGCCACCACGUACAGCCUGGGAGGUUUGGAAUCCGGGAUGCAGUACACCAUCACGCUCACUGCAGAAAGAGGUCGCCAGAAGAGCAAACCAGCAUCCAUUACAGCUACGACAGCUUCAUACCUGCAGUAUUUAGCAGAUUCGGCCCCCGAGGUCACGACACGCUUUAAAACGUUUGUACAAGUGAAAGACCCCGACAGCUCGGGGAUGCAGGAGGACUCGGCUCCGGACGCGACUCGGCCCAUGUGGAGCACAGACAGCCCUGGCACAUAUGGUAGCCGUACAGUAACUUAUAGAGUGAUCCCCGAAGAGAGGGGUCCCGUGGAGGCCCACCCGCAAGGCAAUGUCUCGGCCUCUCCGUACGGGACAAGACUUCCAGCAAACACGACUGAGCCGAGCAGCAGGUCACCUGAAGCAGCAGCCUCUACAGCCUCUGAAUCUGCUGCGCCAUCUGUGGAGUCGGCCGCCACUCGUUUUACAGAGCGCCCAUUCCUGGCCCACUCGACGACUCCACACUUUGCUUUCACAGCAGAAAUGCCAUCCUCCACGGCGACCCCUAGGCUGCCCACUAUGCCCCCUACAGGUUGGCUCAGCAAUAUCUCAGUCACAAGGGUGUCCGACACGGACCUGAGCCUACAGUGGAUGGCACACGGCGGGCCAUUCACCAGUUUCGCCAUCACCGUGAGAGACGUAGCGCUGUCCACCCUGACCGCCUCGGAGUUAGUGGCGGGAGACGCUCGACGUGCUGACGUAGGCGCCCUGUCACCAGGUACACUUUAUGAGGUUGCGCUGCAAGGAGAGGUGGACGGACGGCGGUCAAAUGCCAUCAAGACUCUGGUCACCACAGAGGCAGAGCCUGCGCUGGGCGCCUUAACCGUCUCAGGUGUUAGCUGGGACCGCUUCAGCCUCUCUUGGACAGCCGCUGAUGGAGCCUUCGACCGCUUCACACUUGAAGUUGCAGAUCGGGACAAUCGGUCUGUGCCACACAAUCACAGUGUGGCGGGUGAUGUGCGUGGCCACAGUGUCACCGAUGUUAACGCUGCUACCACAUACAGGGUGACCCUUGUCGGGUUUUCAAAUGGCUCCUCCUCAGGACCAGUUUAUGCCACGGCUAGCACAGCCCCAGAGCCCGACGUCACCGCUCUCUUUGUAUCUAACAUAACUUCCGACAGCUUCACUGUCUCGUGGAAUGCGACGCCCGGCCACUUUGAAGGAUUUGUGCUCGAGCUUAUAGACUCCAGCAGGCUACUGGAGCCGGCAGAGUACAACGUGUCGGGCAGCAGGCUGUCUCUUGACAUCACAGGGCUGAGUGCCAGCACUGACUACAUAGUCUACCUCUACGGGGUCACCCCCAGCGGACAAAUCCCAGCCAUUAGUGCUGCGGCAACUACAGCCGCAGAACCUGACCUGGGCAGGCUAUCUGCACGUAACGCCUCCUCGCAGAGCAUAAUGUUGUCCUGGACAGCCCGGGAGAAAGCCUUCGACACAUUUACCUUAGAAAUUAGAGAGACGGACGCGGCCUCGCAGCCGGCCAUGUACACCGUGUCCGGUUCGGAGCGCGCCGUGCUGAUCCCUGGUCUCAAAGAGGCCACUCGGUACGACUUCACCUUGUAUGGCGGCUCGGACGACGUGCUAACGGCACCUUUAACUGUGUCGGCCACCACAGAGGAGUUGCCAAAGGUGGAAACGCUAAACAUUACCGAGCUAAACCCACACGGCUUCAGGGUUUCCUGGACGACGACAGACGAUGGCCAAGACGACAGGCCAGAGCAGUUUGAGCGCUUUGAGAUUGUGGUCGUAGAUUCGGGGCGGUUGCUGGAGCCCCAUGACUUCACGGUGCCGGGAGAGCGGCGUGUGCUGGACAUUGCGGGCCUGAUCACAGACAUAGGCUACGAGGUGUCAGUGUACGGCGUCACCAAGACCGGGUACCGGGCGACACCCCUGACCACAGUGGCUGUGACAGAGGCGGAGCCCGAGGUGGACAACCUUCUCGUUUCAAACCUGACCACUGACAGCUUCCGGCUCUCGUGGAUGGCGGAGGAGAAAAUCUUCGAUAACUUCCUUAUUAAAAUUAGGGAUUCCAAAAGACAGGCAGAACCCUUGGAGAUAACGGUGCCAGGAGAAGACCGCAACGUGGAUGUCACGGGGCUCGAAGGGGGUACUGACUAUGAGAUUGAGCUGUAUGGGGUGGCAAAGGGACAUCGCUCUCAGCCCAUAACCGGCGUGGCGACAACAGGUCUGGGAUCCCCCAAAGGUCUACGAUUCUCAGAUGUUACAGAUACCACCAUAAUGGUGCACUGGAUCAUCCCAAGGGCCCGAGUGGACAGCUACCGCGUCACGUAUGUCCCAGCAGAAGGAGGCACCCCAAAAGUACUAACAGUAGAUGGCACCAAAUCAAAGACCAUGCUGGUGGACCUGACACCCGGGCAGCUGUACGACGUGUCCAUCGUCUCGGUGAAGCGCCUCGAUGAGAGCGAGCCGUCUUCAGGCACUGUGGCUACAGGUUUGGACAAACCGAGGCGCUUGGAGGCCAUCAACGUCACCGACUCUGAAGCUCUGCUGCACUGGCAGCCCACGAUCGCCACAGUCGAUGAAUACGUCAUAACUUACAGCGCUGACAAUGUGCCCCCAGUGGUGGAGCGCGUCUCCGGGAACACCGUGGAGUUUGACCUGAGUGCUCUGCGCCCCACCACCCGCUACAUCGUGAGGAUCUACGCCGUCAGGGGUGCCCAGCAGAGUGCCACCGCAAUUACAGACUUUGUUACAGGGGUCGAUGCUCCUCAGGACCUCGCGGCCAGCAACAUUCAGACGGAUGGCGCGUUGCUAACGUGGAAAGCUCCAAUAGCGACCAUCACUGGGUACACCCUGAUCUUCGAGUCUGCCGAUGGCCUCGUCAAGGAAGUGGUGUUGAGCCCUAAUGCCGUCUCCUACAACCUGGCACAGCUGAGCGCGUCCACCCAGUACACCGUCAAACUGCAGGCCAUUGCUGGUCCCGAGAGGAGUAAAGUGGUGCUGACUCAGUUCACCACCAUUGGCAUCCUGUACCGACAUCCCAGGGACUGCUCUCAGGCCCUCCUGAAUGGAGAUACCACCUCGGGCAUCUACACCAUCUACCUUAACGGAGACGAGAGCCAGCCGGUGCAGGUGUACUGUGACAUGAACACGGACGGAGGCGGGUGGAUGCUAUUCCUCCGGCGCCAGAGCGGGAAGCUCGAUUUCUACCGCAACUGGAAGAAUUACUCCCUCGGAUUCGGAGAUCUCAACGAUGAGUUCUGGCUGGGUCUGGAUAACCUGCACAAGAUCACCACUUCCGGGCAGUACGAGCUGCGAGUCGACCUGCGGGAUGGCGAGGAGACGGCCUACGCCCAUUACGACAAGUUCUCCGUCUCGGACGGCAGGAGCCGCUACAAGGUGUCGGUGGGGGGAUACAGCGGGACGGCAGGUGACUCCAUGACCUACCAUCAGGGACGGCCCUUCUCCACCUACGACAAGGACAACGAUGUGGCCGUCACUAACUGCGCCCUCUCCUACAAGGGGGCCUUCUGGUACAAGAACUGCCACCGCGUCAACUUGAUGGGUCGCUAUGGUGACAACAGCCACAGCCAGGGCAUCAACUGGUUCCACUGGAAAGGCCACGAGUACUCAAUCCAGUUUGCCGACAUGAAGAUCAGGCCAUCGAACUUCCGAAAUUUAGAAGGCAGGAGGAAGCGGUCUUAGAGGAGCCCACCACCAAAGUCAGGGCGGCAGGGCCCCUCAGCUCACAGCAACAGCCCAGAGACCCCCACACACACACACCCACCUGCAGGGGGCGCUCUCUGUUCGCCCACCCACUCUGCUGUUUGUGUUCAGGCCGGCUGUUUUCUAUUUUAUUUGGUGGGUUUCUGUAGCCUUCUCUUCUCUGUCUGCAUCCUUUUGGGGGUCGUCCUAUCGGGGGAGGAAACGUUAAAAAGGGAAAAGAAAAGAAAAAAAACACGUAAACGGCGGGGGGGCUGCCCAAGGAGAGCCCCUCUUGGCAGAGCAUUGCGGCCGACGGAGCCCCCCGCGCGCGUCGAGAGACUUUCACGUGAAGGAGAAGCCGAUUCUCUGUUACCCUUAUUCAAAUAAAACCAACUUUGUUUAAAGCG